UAAGUUCUGCACUUGCUCUCUUGAUCUCAAGUGGGUCUAGGCGAGCGCGCUGUCAGGAAGCGAGCGUGAAUUGUCGCAGUCGUGUGUCUACUAUACAGCUAUCUUCUCGUUUAUAGCGCUAGUGCAUUCAGUGGUUUAUUAAUUGAAAAUUCAGGCUAUCCAAUGGGCUUCAAAAGAGUGUGGGACUCCUCCUGCCCCCGCGUGUGGGACAAAUGGGAGGACAACGGCACCACGUGGGUGAUUCGCGACCUCCCGCCGGAGGACGAUGAGGAGGCCAUCCAGAUACUGGUGGAAAACCUGUGUACUGAUGAAGCUUUGUGUGCUAUGAGUGAUCUCAUCAAUGACCCAGUAAGCGUGCGCAGUAUGACAGACUUCUGGAGAAUAUACCUCUCACAAAGAAUGUCUCUAGGAUGCUACGAGGAGAAGAACGGUCAGAGCAAGCUGGUGGCACUCAACGUCUGCCUAGUUGAAUGCCAGGGGGAAGAAUCUGAUGAUGUGAUCGAAGGCGAAAGCUGGAAGAACGUGUAUGGAGCCUUAAAAGUAGCGGAGAACAGAGUAGACCACUUCAAGUAUUUGGGUUUGGACAAGGUGCUGUAUGCUCUCGGUUUGGUGGUCAAACGGGAGUACCGGGGAUCAAGACUUGGAGCUAGAAUAUUGGCUGCGAGAAAACCUCUAAGCCUCCACAACGGUAUAAAAGCAACAUCGACCCUGUUCACGGGCCCCGCGUCUCAGAAGAGCGCCGCCCGAGCCGGCUUCACCACCAUAGCGACCAUCACUUUGAAGGAACUCGCUGAGGCAGGCCUCAACUACCCCAAGGAUGAGAAUAGGUGUAUUAAGCUUAUGGUUAAGAGAUUUGACGACUAAUAACAUGGAUUCUAACGCAGCAUAACAUUUGAAGGUGUAUUUAUUAACCAACUUAAAGAAAAAGGGGGGGAUGUUCCCAAUGUAUUUUUAACAUUUUUAUCAGGAGUUGCGAAAGUCCCCGUAGGUAGGUAGGUACCCAUAACUCAUCAGAAUCAUAGCCCAAGAAGUUAAUCACAAUAGCCCAAGUUAUGUUAUUCCAUAGUUACCAAUAGUUUAGCACAGAACCGGGGAUAUAGGUAGUCCUUAGGUCAGACGCCAGCAGGUCAACCUACCUGAAUUUAUCAAAUUUUACCAAUCGAACAUCAACAUGGACCCUGUUCACGGGCCCCGCGUCUCAGAAGAGCGCCGCCCGCGCCGGCUUCACCACCAUAGCGACCAUCACUUUGAAGGAACUAGCUGAGGCUGGCCUCAACUACCCCAAGGAUGAGAAUAGAUGUAUUAAGCUUAUGGUUAAGAGAUUUGACGAUUAAUAGGAAAUAUUCUACUGUAAUAUAAAAGUUUUAGGUGUAUUUAUUAACCAACUUUAACAAAAGGAGGCAUUCAAUGAAUUUUUUAACGUUGUUAUCGGCAUAUUUUAUAUAAUAAUAAAAUUCUAUUUAAAUUUAAUCUUUGUAUUUCUUUAAGAAAUAAUUAUUGUUGUAAUAUAAUUAAAUCAAUAGAAAUUAAACGAGUCCAUUUAAUUAAGUAGUUUUAAUUAUUAUAAGUUAAUAAAUAAUCUGUAAUUUUUAAUAGAUGUUAUUGCAUUGCAAAUAAAACUAAAUAUAUUUU